AGCUUCUGAUAGACAUGCACGGAUUAGUGAAAGGUCUACAGUUUGCCAUUUACUAUUCCUUUGUUGCAGUGAUCGGAGUUCCAGCUAACUUGGCAGUAAUUGUGAUCUUGUCCCGAAGAAGAUGCGGUCUCUCUGGAUGCAUCAUUUAUUACUUGCUGUCCAUGGCAGUGGCAGAUCUUCUAGUAAUAGUCACGGCUGUGAUACUAAAUCGGAUGGCUGGGAUUUUUUCACCUUUUAGUUUCCUAUCUCUCACACCAGUAUGCAGUAUGCGUACUGCAAUAAACUUUGCAGUUGUCGACAGCUCAGCCUGGUUAACAGUCACUUUCACAUUUGAUCGAUUUGUGGCCAUUUCUUGUCAGAAACUGAAAGUAAAAUAUUGCACAGAGAAUUUGGCUAUAGUAAUUAUAGGUAUAGUUUCCACAUUUUCCUCUCUAAAAAGUGUCUUCAUAUAUUUUGCAUUUGAACCUGUCUACAUAUUGAACAAAAUACCCUGGCUCUGCACAGUAAAAUACAUAUUUUACACAUCUCCUGCAUGGACAGCAUAUGACUGGUUUCGCUGCAUUAUAAACCCUCUGCUCCCAUUCAUUCUCAUUUUACUGCUCAAUGCUCUGACUGUCAGACACAUUCUAGCAGCUAAUAGAGCCCGUAGGAGACUCAGGACCCAGAAGAAUGGCGAGAAUCAGAGUGACCCAGAAAUGGAGAAAAGGAAAAAGUCCAUUGUUUUGCUCUUUGCAAUCUCGGGCAGUUUUAUUCUGUUAAAUUUAUUAUUUUUUGUCACGAUCUUCAACAUCCGAAUUGGGAAUGCUACUUAUCACUCAGGCUCUGCCAACAGUAAGUCCGCAUUUACACUUCAAGAAGGCGGAUAUAUGCUUCAAAUAUUGAGUUCCUGCAUCAAUCCGUUUAUUUAUGCUGGGACCCAGAGUAAAUUCAGAACUGAGUUAAAGAAUGGGAUUAAAUACCCGUUAAGCCUACUGAUCAAUUUAAGACAGAUCUGAGUCUGGAAAAUCCAGCAAGAAUUAUUUGAAUACUUAUUAUUUUUGCAGGACAUGCAAAUGUUGCUAAAUACUGGAACAACCACUGAUCGAGUCCCCUUCUCAGUCCAGAUUCUGUCUAUGCUGAUGCUCUGAAUUGAUUCCCGACAGUCCUUACGUGGAUACCCACAAUUUGCUGAAACGGUUCUUGAUGCUCAAUCAACCCCCUGCAAUAUUUACAGUUACGGCCCUUUCCAUGACUGCAGAAUCAUGACCAUAGUCUGAAAUUCAUCACGUUUGGGUUCUCCCACAGAUUGUGAGAUGACAACUGUCUCCGUGAUUGUAACACUUUUCCACGAACGAUAGGCUGCUGACAAAAUUAAGAGCAUUUUCACUAGUUUUAGUAGUGGGUGUUUGAUGUACACUCUAUGACAUUGUUUUCCCUUUUGCUAUGUGGACUAUCAUUUUCACACUCCCAGGAAAACGCACAGAGACCCGGUGCAGGGAGGCGAGAGAUAAUAAUCAGCAAUAACAUGGGCUGUACAACCUUUCUCAACUUCUACUGAUCGAUAUGGAUAAUGGUUUGGUCAUUUAUUUGAGCCAGAGCAAAUUUCUUGUGUAAACGAAAUUUAAUAAACGCGGGGAAAAGCACAACAUUGAGGAAACUACACAAAAGAUGAAGUCUUAUUGAACUCGAGCUGAUUAUUUUCCAGACGUACAACUUGGGUGCCAAACAGUCUGACCAAUAAUUUAUCAUUAGAUUUAUAAAAUAGCAAAGAAUAUUUGGAGGCUAUGAAAACGUUGGUGCGUAUAUCAAACAUGUUGCCUCCAACAAUUUCGACUUCCUUGUCUUCCUCGUAAAUUAUUCGUUUUGUUGAGCAACGUUCAAGGUUUGGUCAAUAGUCAGGCCAUGUGACGAUGGCAGAUUUCCUUCCACAGAGAAAUUAGUUACAUAGCUGAGCGAGUUUGUUGCUUCCAGGACAAACAGCAUUAGUUGCAUAGUCGCUGCUCGCUAGUAUUCUUUUUCAUUUGAGUCACAUUGGUGUUCGAACCCACAUCUCAAAAACAUUA